GCGCAUCCUGUCAGGCCACGUGGCCUGGGCCAUGGCGCGGCCCUCGCGGGGUGGCGGCAGCGGAGGCAGGCGCAGCAGGACGUACAACUGGGACUGGCGCACCACGUGCCUUUUGGCUGUGGGUACGCGGCCCCGCCCUGGGCGCUGGACGCUGCUGCCAAGGCCAAGCCCCAGGCGGACAAGGGCGGCUUGGUGGAUCAGCCGCGCGGGCGCCGUGCCCAGCGGCAGGCCCGCAGUGCGGCAACGAGUGCGGCAACCUCCAAGUCGCAGACUUCGGCGUCGGGCGCCAGUGGGGCGCCCAGCGGCAGCGGCGCCACGGCGAUCGAGAGGCUGCAAGUGGCGGUCGAGCAGCUGGAGGCGCUGCAGGCGGAGCCGCCCGACGGGGUCGACUGCUGCUUCACCGACGUCGUCGCCAGCCAGCUGGAGGCCAGGCGCGCCGAGCUGGCGGAGGCCCAGCGGACCGCAGCGGAGCAGAAGGCGUCCUCCAUGCCGCUGUCGACGAUGCUCCACAAGGAGGCGAACGCCAUCGGCAAGGCGGAGAAGCGCCUCCGUGCAGCGCGCCAGAGCCUGGAGCAGAAGCAAGAGGCUCGUGGACUCGUCGAGGCCCAGCUGCAGAAGGCCCAGGGGGAGCUGGCGCAGCUCGACGCGGAGGUGGAGGAGGCCAGGCUUGCGCUCCACGCCCUCGAGGAGGAGGCCAGAGUGGAGGCCGCGGCGCAGCUGCGCCAGCGUGCGGCCGAGUGGGCAGGGGCCAGCCAGGUUCCAGGGCUCCUCAUGCAGUUGGACGAGCUGCCCGAGGCAUGGGGCUCCAGCAACUUCGAGGUGGCGUGGGCUGCCAUUCGCUCCCAGGUGGAGGCGGUGCGCGCGCAGCUUGCCGAGGCCCCUGUCGCUCCGAAGAGAGCGCACUGGGCGGAGUCGCGCCCCAUGGGCGAGAUCAGCAGCGAGGACGGCGACCGCGCAGGAGGAUGCAGGCACUGGCAGUCGCAGUGCGCCGCGGAGCGUGGCCAGGCCGAGCGUCGCGGCGACGCCCGCGGAGAGUGGCCGAAGGUCGCCCAGGCGUGCAAGCGGGAGCUGGCGGCCGAGGCCCCACCGGCGCCAGGCCAAGCUGCGACGGCAGCUCAGGAUGUCCGCAGCGGGCUGGAGGAGUUCGGGGCCAACGGCGACGCAUGGAGGAGGGGCCUGGAGGGGGCCGAGGCCUCGGGCCCGCGCAGCGGGGACCCGCCGCGCCUUGCAGUGCAGCAGGAUACCCGCCUGACUCCGCACCGCCUGAAGGAGGCCAGAGGAGCAGCGCGGCGCAUGCGCACUAUGGCGUUCCACCACGCGGCGACGCCCACGGACAAGGGGGGCCCGCUGGCGAGCGCAGGCGGCGUCGCAGGUUGGAGGCAGGGCUGGAGUGGAGUCACAGUGCCCGCUGCGGCAGGCCUGCAGCAGCUGGCGUGCUCGCUGUACCUCCGUGGCGCCCUGGGACCUAUAGGCAUCAACCUCGACAGCUUCGCUGCCUUCGGCGACUCGGUGCCCUGCCAGAGACCGCGGUUCUUUCCGGUCGUGGGCGUGGCCACCGGGACGUUCAGCACCAACGGGGCAGGUUUGGCGGGGUGGGCGUGUAGCCCGUCAGUGGCCAAGCCGCCUGGGCUGGCAACCCUCCACGCCGCCCCAGCGGGCGGCAGGCCGCUGGGUGUAGCCCGCGGCGUCGACGGCGAUAUCGCGCUGCAGGCCGUGGGCACGGAGCAGCUGGUGGCCGCGUGGGUCGGCGGAGCUGCGCUGGGAGUGGUGCGCCGCCUCCGUGGUCAGCACCUGCCCCUCAGUGCUGCCAAGGCGACCCGCCUCGCUCCGAGCCCCAGCCCUGGUUGCCAGUUCGGGGCGUGCGGGAAGUCGCAAGGCGGGGCCCUCUGCGAGACCUUGCAGGCCAGGAACCUCGGCUCGGACCCCGCCAGCGCGAAGUGGGGAGCACACGAGGGCAGAGUCCGCGCGGCAGGAGUGCUUCGGCGAGCGCGCAGGCAGGACCCGAUCCACAAGGCUGGGCCCGCGGCCAGCGGGAUGCGCGGGCGCGCGGUCACGGGCAACGCGGACGGCGAGCUGCACAGUUGGCGGCUGACGGCCAGUUGCAGCGCAGGAGCGCUCCCCAGGGGCGCAGAGCGAGGGCUGCGCAUGCGAUAUGCCGAGCUCAGGAGGAGGCGUAACCUGGACCCCGCAGCCCUCAGGGCUGGCCACUCAGUCCAGAUGAAGGCAGGCCUGCUGCAGGAAGGCGCACUGCCGCCUAUGAUGAUGGAGCGGGGGCUGGAGGCGGCGGAGACCAGGCACGCCAGAACUGACGGGCCAUGGGAACACUGCGCCUCCCCCUUCGACGCAGAGAUGCUGACCCGUGCCAGGAUCGACUGGCACCUCAAGUCCGAGCGGUGCAUGGUCGCGGGCCUAGGCGACGAGCUCGACCUCAGGUGCGGGAUGGGAUGGGAAUGGAGCUGGCCCCAGCUCGGCGCGGGCCUCAGGAGCUGGGAUGGGGGGCUGGCCCAGGCGCUCGAAGUGCAUCCUUUCGUCACGAAGCGCGGAAGCUCUGCCACGGCACCUGCAUGCUGGGGGGCCGCAUCUCCAACGCGCACUGGGCGCAGGCCAGGCUCCUCGUUGCACGGGAACAGGGGCAAGCACGCUGCUGCGGAGCAGAGAGAGGCACCUGGUGGCACCGCCAGCACGGCGGCCCUGUGCACGAGGCCGUCCGAUGAGAAGCUCAACGGCAAGCUGUGCCUCGACGGCGCGGCGCUUGAGCCGCUGUUCGGCGCCUGGCGCCGUUGGGGCGGAGCCGCAGCGCACCGCGACGGCGACGGCAACCUGGUGGCAGAGGUCUACGGCGCAGUCGGGGGCGACCGCGGCCCGCAGCGGACGGCCAAGGACGGCGAGGACGAAGCGGCCUGGAUGCUCGACACCCUCGCUAGGCCAGCGGUGGAGGAGGUCAACAUCGACUGUUCGAGGCAUGCAGUGCUCGACGGACGCCUGACGGAGGCCCAGAGGCGCGGCAACGAGCACGCAGGCCGCCUUGCCGUGAGGAGGGCACAGACGCAUGCAGUGGACAAGCGGGCCGUUGGCGUGCACCAAGCGCAGGCAGGGUUCGUGCAGGAACUCGGGCGCUGGAUCUGGUGGGCCGUCUUCCUCGCGCAAGGCAUCGGGGCUGGGGGCGGCGAGGGGCUCCCUCCUGCUGCCGUGCGGCGCCAGGCGCGUUUAGCUGACGCCGAGAGGUCUCAGGCGGCGGAGGAGGCCAGGGGCGAGGGGCCGUCGGCCGAGCGGCCGCGCCUGGAGAGCGCCCGCUCGACAGGCAACAGCUCGGCAGCCCUCUCGGCCAGUGCGGUAGCCUUCAGCACCCUGGGACAUGCCCUGUCCUACGCCUGCGCUGGAGAAGGUGAGGGCACGCAGGAGCUCGUGGCGUGCUCCAAGUGUGGCGCCUACAUGACGCUGGGCGGCCGCUCAGGGGUUAAGCCUCGCCUCAAGGAGCGGUGCCCAGGCGACAAGACCGACAAGGGCGGCAGGAACCAGCGCAGCCUGCGGCUACGAGGACUCCAUGGUGGCAGACCUCGAGCGGAUAAGCAGAGGGUUAGAGCAGAGGGCAUCCCUGCUCUGCGUUUGCAAGGGCAAGUGCCAGGACGCGCCCAGGAGCGCUACCUGGAGUGGAUAGGCAUGGAGGCGGAGCCCGCGGGCGGAGCCUCGGCCGCGGUCAGCAGUUCGGGCAGCGGCCCAGCGGCGCCCGCGGCUGCGCAGGAAGUGGAGGCAGCGGCAGCCAGCCUGCCCCAGCAGCAGCCAGGGUCGAGCGCGGGCGCCCUCGGAGCUGGUGAGGCAGCCGAGGAGGAGCUCGCAGCCGCGGGAGCCGCACCCAGCGGCGGCCUGGCGAGCCGCAGGGUCCGCCGCCGCCUGACGCGCCGUGGUUCGGAAUACCUGGAGUUCUACCUGGAGGAGCUCAGCGGCGAGGAGGAGCCUACAGGCAGAGCCUCAACCGCGGCCAGCAGCUCGGGCAGCGGCCCAGCGCCCCCCGCGGCAGUGCAGACAGCGGAGGCGGCGGAGGUGACCGCCGCGAGCAGCGCGGCGUGCGGAAGGCAUGUGAGCCGCAGGGUCAGCCGCCUGCUGGCGCACCGCGGCUCGUCGUCCGUGGGCGAGCGAGUGAGGCGCAUCCUGCCAGCCCACGUGGCCUGGGCCAUGGCGCGGCCCUCGCGGGGUGGCGGCAGCGGAGGCAGGCGCAGCAGGACGUACUGGAUAUGCAGCUGCGGUGGAUGGAACUGGGGAUGGCGCGCCACGUGCCUUGGCUGUGGGUGCGCGGCCCCGCCCUGGGCGCUGGAUGCUGCUGCCAAGGCCAAGCCCCAGGCGGACAAUGACGGCUGGGUGGAUCAGCCACGCGGGCGCCGUGCGCAGCAGCAGGCCCGCAGUGCGGCAACGAGUGCGGCAACCUCCAAGUCGCAGACCUCGGCGUCGGGCACCAGUGGGGCGCCCAGCGGCAGCGGCGCCACUGCGAUCGAGAGGCUGCAGGGGGCGGUCGAACAGCUGGAGGCGCUGCAGGCGGAGCCGCCAGGCGGAGUCGACUGUUGCUUCACCGGCGUUGUCGCCAGCCAGCUGGAGGCCAAGCGCGCCGAGCUGGCAGAGGCCCAGCGGGCCGCAGCGGAGCAGAAGGCGUCUUCCAUGCCGCUGUCGACGAUGCUCCAGAAGGAGGCGAACGCCAUCAGCAAGGCGGAGAAGCGCCUCCGUGCAGCGCGCCAGAGCCUGGAGCAGAAGCAAGAGGCUCGUGGACUCGUCGAGGCCCAGCUGCAGAAGGCCCAGGGGGAGUUGGCGCAGCUCGACGCGGAGGUGGAGGAGGCCAGCCUUGCGCUCCACGCCCUCGAGGAGGAGGCCAGAGUGGAGGCUGCGGCGCAGCUGCGCCAGCGCGCGGCCGAGUGGGCGGGGGCCAGCCAGGUCCCAGGGCUCCUCCUGCAGCUGGACAAGCUGCCCGAGGCAUGGGGCUCCAGCAACUUUGAGGUGGCGUGGGCGGCCAUUCGCUCCCAGGUGGAUGCAGUGCGUGCGCAGCUUGCCGAGGCCCCUGUCGCCCCGAGGAGAGCGCCCUGGGCGGAGUCGUGCCCCAUGGACGAGAUCAGCAGCGAGGGCGGCGACCACGCAGGAGGCUGCAGGCGCUGGCAGCCGCAGUGCGCCGCGGAGCGGGGCCAGGCCGAACGUCGCGGCGACCCCCGCGGUGAGUGGCCGAAGGUCGCCCAGGCGUGCAAGCGGGAGCUGGCGACCGAGGCUGAGGAUGUCCGCCGCGAGCUGGAGGAGUUCGGGGUCAACGGCAACGCAUGGAGGUGGAGCCUGGAGGGGGCCGAGGCCUCGGGCUCGCGCAGCGGGGCCCCGCCGCGCCUUGUAGUGCACCUGGAGACCCACCUGGCCCCGCACCGCCUCGAGGAGGCCUGCAGCUGCCAGGGCGCCCUGGGACCCGAAGGCUUCAACCUCGACAGCUUCGCUGCCUUCGGCGACUCGGUGCUCUACCAGAGACCGCGGUUCAUUCCCGUCGUGGGCCUGGCCACCGAGACGUUCAGCACCAACGGGGCAGGUUUGGCGGGGAGGGCGUGUGGCCUCACCGUAGCCAAGCCGCCUGGGCUGGCAGCCCUCCACGCCGCCCCAGCGGGCGGCAGGCCGCAGGGUGUGACUCGCAACGUCGACGGCGACAUCGCGCUGCAGGCCGUGGGCGCGGUGCAGCUGGUGGCCGCGUGGUUCGGCGGAGCAGGGCUGGGAGUCGUGCGCCGCCUCCGUGGUCAGCGCCUGCCCCUCAGUGCUGCCAAGAUGACUUUCCUCGCUCCGAGCCCCCGGCCAGGGCGCCAGCUCGGGGCGUGCGGGAAGUCGCAAGGCUGGACCCUCUGCGAGGCCUUGCAGGCCAGGGGCCUCGGCCCGGACCCCGCCAGCACAAGGUGGGGAGCGCAUGAGGGCAUAGUCCCAGCUGCAGGAGCGCUUCGCCGAGCGCGCAGGCUGGACCCGAUCCACAAGGCUGAGCCCGCGGCCAGCAGGAUGUGCGGGCGCACGGCCACGGGCAACGCGGACGGCGAGCUGCACAGUCGGCGGCUGGCGGCCAGUCGCAGCACAGGAGCGCUCCCCAUGGGCACAGAGCGAGGGCUGCGCAUGCGCUGUGCCGAGCUCAGGAGGAGGCGUAACCAGGACCCUGCAGCCCUCAGAGCAGGCCACGCAGUCCCGAUGAAGGCGGGCUUGCUGCAGGCAGGCGAGCUGCCGCCUAUGAUGAUGAAGCGGGGGCUGGAGGCGGCGGAGACCAGGCACGCAAGAACUGACGUGCCAUGGGAACACUGCGCCUCCCCCUUCGACGCGGAGAUGCUGACCCGUGCGCGGAUCGACUGGCACUUCAAGUCCGAGCGGUGCAUGGUCGCGGACCCCGGCAACGGGCUCGACCUCAUGCACCUCGGGCCUCAGGAGCUGGGAGGGGAGGAUGGCCCAGGCGCGCGAAGUGCAUCCGUUCGUCACGAGACGCGGAAGCUCAGCCGCGGCACCUGCCUGCUGGGGGCCCGCAUCUCCAACCCGCACUGGGCGCAGGCCAGGCUCCUCGAUGCACGGGAACAGGGGCAAGCACGCUGCUGCGGAGCAGAGAGAGGCACCUUGUGGCACCACCAGCUCGGCGGCCCGGUGCACGAGGCCCAGCAGUACGGCAAAGGCAGCUGGCUGCCUGCGCAUCGGCCACCGCAGGGUCACCGCACCGACGCCAUUGGGGUGCGUGGUGUCCGCAGGCCCGAUGAGAUGCUCAACGGCAAGCUGUACCUCGACGGCGCGACGCUCGAGCCGCUGUUCGGCACCUGGCGCUGUGAGGGCGGAGCCACAGCGCACCGUGACGGCGACGGCAACCUGGUGGCAGAGGUCUACGGCGCAGUCGGGCGUAACCGCUGCCCGCAGCGGACGGCCAAGGACGGCGAGGACGUAGCGGCCUGGAUGCUCGCCACCCUCGCAAGGCCAGCAGUGGAGGAGGUCAACAUCGACUGUUCGAGGCAUGCAGUGCUCGACGGGCGCCUGACGGAGGCCCAGAGGCGCAGCAACGAGCGCGCAGACCGCCUUGCCGUGAAGAGGGCCCAGGCGCAUGCAGUGGACAAGCGGACCGUUGGCGUGCACCAGGCGCAGGCGGGGUUCGUGCAGCGGGCGCUGG